CAUUUCUAAAAGUCAGCGAAUUUCUAUGAGAAUCAACUUCCUAAUGGUUUGAUUUUCUCAGAUACGCUCUGCAAACCCGGAUUUCCAGGUUAACCCAGGUUAUGGCAAAGAAUGCGCCGGGUUGUCAUCACAGGCCUCGGCGCCAUCACACCUCUCGGAGUAGGUGCUCGACAUUCGUGGAGUAGGUUGAUCGCUGGACACUCCGGCAUCGUGAGUAUUGCGGGAUUUAAGCCAGAGAAGAAAUGGCGCGAACUUACUAGCACGGUGGCUGGCAUUGUGCCAAAGUCGGGUACCGGUGAAGGCCAGUGGCGACCAGACGACUGGCUGUCUGCCACAGAUCAACGCCGCAUGUCCGCGUUCACACAGUAUGCAGUAGCCGCAACAGAAAUGGCCCUCGCUGAUGCUGCGUGGAAACCGAAAAAGCAAGAGGCUUUAGAAUCGACCGGGGUCUGUCUAGGAAGUGGCAUUGGGAAUUUAGAUGAUAUAUACGCCACAAGCCUCGCAUACGAACAAGAUGGCUACAAGAAAGUUUCUCCGUUGUUUGUUCCAAAAAUCCUCAUUAAUAUGGCGGCUGGUCAUAUUGCCAUGAGAUACGGCUUUCAGGGCCCUAACCACACUGCAACGACGGCUUGCACUACGGGGGCGCAUUCAAUAGGGGACGCCUCGCGCUUCAUAGCAUUUGGAGAUGCCGAUGUUAUGGUUGCAGGAGGGGCAGAAUCGUGUAUCCAUCCACUCACAUUUGCUGGAUUUGGAAGAUCACGUUCUUUAUCCACCGCCUUUAACGAUGAUCCAUCUUCGAGUUGCCGGCCGUUCGAUCGCCAGCGCAAUGGGUUUGUCGUUUCCGAGGGCGCGGCUGUCGUCAUUCUAGAGGAACUGGAACAUGCUAAAGCGAGGGGUGCUCGGAUAUAUGCCGAAUUAAAGGGGUAUGGGAGUAGUGGCGAUGCUUACCAUAUGACAGCUCCACGCGAAGAUGGGUCGGGGGCAUAUCUCUCCAUGAAGAAGGCUCUAAAGCACGCCGGAAUCAAACCUCGCCAAGUGGAUUAUAUCAAUGCGCAUGCGACUAGCACUCUUGUUGGCGACAUUGCCGAAGCCCAUGCGAUUCGCUCAUUGAUGAUCGGUGAAGAAGGAUAUUCUAACGAAAGUCAUGUUGCUGUCAGCGGUACCAAAGGAUCCGUAGGACAUCUUCUUGGUGCUGCUGGUGCAAUUGAGGCUAUCUUUUCAAUUUUAGCUAUCACCGAAAACAUACUUCCCCCAACACUAAAUCUGAUAGAACCUGAUGUUGAGCCCAAGUUUAAUCUGGUCCCUCUUAAGGCUCAAGAAAAGAAAGUUGAUGUCGCUCUAUCUAACAGUUUCGGUUUUGGGGGUACCAACGCAACAUUAGUCUUUUCUAGAUUCAAAUAAUUUUGAAUGUUCUUAUUAAAAAAUCGGGAAAAUUAUAUAUGUCCCUGCCCCUCUAGAGCUAUAGGAAUAAUAUCAUAUUUACUACCAAGUUGUCUUUACGAAGUACAUAUGUAGAUCUUCAGCUUUAGAUGACCAAAUUCAAGGAAGG